AUGAUGUGUGAGUCCUCCCUGAUGCGAUGCCUGCAACUGUGUGUGUCCCUACUGAUGGUGGUCAGACUGCAGUGCAAGGUAACGGCUCCUGAGCGCGUGGAGGCCCCAGUGGAGCUCCCCUUCACUCUGUCCUGCAUGGUGUCCAAGGAGCAUGGGGACAGCCUGAAACAGGUGCGCUGGCUGGAUGUCCAGAACAAGACUCUGUUGACCUACGAGCCCAGCCAGAAGGACAGCGUGAGCGGCCAGCAGCAUGUAGAGCUGGCCCCCUCCCCCAAGGACACCUCAGCCAUCACCAUCCGCAGGGUGGGCUUCAGAGACGAGGGCUGCUACACAUGCAUUUUUGACCUGUACCCCUCGGGAUCGCAGGAGGGACACACCUGCCUCACCGUCACAUCCCGUGUGACUACAGAGGGUAACAAGACAGCGGUGAGUGGUAAGGCGGCAGCCCUGUCUUGCUCCUAUGGCCUGCCAGAGAAGGUACAGCAAGUGCUUUGGAGACAUACAGCAAAGCAGCGGGACUCAAGCGCAGUAGCCUCCUAUGCCAAAUACAGCGAUCCCAUGAUCGAGCCACCCUACCAGGAGAGGGCCAGGCUGACCCCCUCCCUCUCCCACAGCCAGCUGUCCAUCAGACCGGUCAUCAUCCAGGAUGAGGGCUGCUACACCUGCGAGUACCACACCUACCCAGCUGGCACCAAGAGCGCUACCGUCUGCCUCACUGUCUUUGUACUGCCUAAGCCCCAGGUGAGCUACAAGAGCACGUCUCCAGGGGUUAUUGAGGCCAACUGUACAGCUGUGUCCCGGCCCCCGGCGGAGAUAGUGUGGAACGUGGAGAGGGACAACCGAACUAUGGGACCCCCUGUGACAUCACAGCUCCAGCAGGGGGAUGGGACCACCCUGGUCAUCAGCACCCUCAACGUCCAAUCAGGGCUGCUGAAGGAUGUGUCCGUCAAAUGUCUGGUCCACCAUAAGGGUCUGGAGUCACCCAUCGCUGUUUCUAUGAACACCAAGAUUGGGACAGCUUUGACCAUCCUGAUCUCGGUGACCACUGUAGCUGCUCUGCUGGUCAUAAGUCUCUGCUUCUGCCUCUGGAAAUGUUUCUUGCGGAAAGAAGACGUUUCCUGGUAUGUUCUGGCAUGUGUUGAAGUUUUCCUGACGGCCUCACCACCUUGA